CGGAGUCGAGAAGGGCACGUAGGGGUAGAUCGGUGGGUGGGAGGCGUUUCCGUUGAAGCGCGUAUCCGGGUGCUGUUUCCGGGUUCCUUUGUCCCUGGUGUCGCAGGCCAGCUCCUUCCUUGCCCCCCCUCAGAAAAUAAACAAAUUGAACUUUUCCAAAUGGCCCAGUUCAAGCGCCAAAAGCAGCUGCGAACCAGCAGUCAUCAGGGAUCCAGAUCAUUUGCAGGAACCCAGCCCGCCUCUUUACUGGGACCUGCACCUGGCUUAUUAAAUCCUCCUAUAUCAGCAGAUAUUAUCCAGGCAACACGGCAUCUUCAGGGGGGAGAGAAACAGCGAGUUUUUACUGGAAUAGUUACCAGCCUCCAUGAUUAUUUUGGAGUGGUGGAUGAUGAAGUUUUCUUCCAGCUAAGUGUUGUCAAAGGUCGGAUGCCACAAGUUGGUGAGAAAGUGUUGGUGAAAGCUGUCUACAACCCAAACCAGUCAGUGCCAUGGAAUGCCUUGAAGGUCCAGACGCUGUCGAAUCAGCCUCUUCUGAAGGCCCCAACGCCUCUUCUCCAUGUGACUCCCUUGGGACAGAAGCAAGGCAUCCUGGGAUCUCAGCCCCAAUUGCUAUUUCAGCCUCACCGAAUCCCACCUCUGUUUCCCCAGAAACCCAUGAGCCUCUUCCAGGCAUCUCCAUCACUCCACUUGGGACAUCUUGGGAGAUACACAGGUCGGGGCCCAAAGGGCAGGCUGGAUUCAGGCAGAUGGGAUGACUUUGACUCCAAGAAGCGGAAGCAGAAAGGUGGUGAGCCAUGGGCAGUGAAGAAACCACGGCAUGAACCACCCCAGUAUCGGGUCCAGUUGACUUGCUACACUGUGAACAGCCCCUUCUGUGAUGCCAUGGAAAUCUUGAGGCGUUACAGCAGUAUCCAGUUGCCCAAGGAGUUCUACGAUGUCCGCCUCUGCUGGCUGGACACCUUCCCGCUUGCUCACCCGUUGACCCUCCGGCAUCCCAGCCGCAUCCAAGUGGCCAGUCCUACUGAAGAGGUACCUCCAACAGAGGAGGACGCUACCCUGAACGCUCAGCCAGAGGACUUCAACUCUGCAUUCAGUGCAAAGGUUUUGCUGCUGUGUUCUCCAGGCAUAGAAGAAUUCUACCGCAAUUGCUUGCUCUACACUGAAGAUUCCAGUGAUCAGAGGGAGAAUCCAGAGCAUCCGACAAAGCAAAUUAAGUUCUUUCUGGGAAAGAAAACAGAUGAAGCGGUUCUGAUUGGAGGGGAAUGGUCCCCAUCUCUGGAUGGUCCCGACCCGGCCACAAAUCCCAUGGUUCUGAUUCGCACGGCCAUUCGUUGCACCAAAGCACAGACUGGUUUGGACUUGAGCCCCUGUACUAAAUGGUACCGGUUUGCUGAGUUUAGAUAUCUACAUGAAGGAAGCCCCUCUCAUCAGGAGCAGACCGUGGUCUUCCUGCCAGACAUCUGGAGCUGCAUGCCUUCUCUCGAGGAAUGGGAGGCCUCGUGCAAGCAGAAAGCAGAAAAGGCACCGCCACCGUCGGAAGAGAAAGUAGAGACGGAAGGUGAACCUGAACAGGCCUCCAAGCCAGCCACGGAGGAGGAGAUGGAGGCCACAGAUCAAGGAGGAGGCUCAGCCGAAUCUACCCCUGAACCAGCCGUGGAGCCGCCAGCGCCUGAAGUAGAGGCCCCAACUGCCCCGCUGGAACCGGCCAUCAUUGUUCAUCCCCAGCCAGCAUUGCAGGGGGGACAGGCCAGCUGCAUCAACCUCUCUCUCUACACCCUGCUGGAGUAUAGGCAGCAGCGGGAGAAACUCUCUUUUGAGGUGGCAGUGGUGUCAGAGUUCUUCCAGGAGAUGCUUCAACGAGAUUUCGGCUAUAAGCUCUACAAGGCGUUACUGGCCCUGCCAGAGAAAGAAGAGCCACUGGAGGCCAAGAACCCUGAACCAGAGAAAGCAGCAGAUUUGGAGAAGGAGGGAGAGAGCGAGCUGAAAGAAGAGACUAAAGAAAAUCUAGAGACUGAGGAGGCGCCUGCCACUCACCAGGAGAACGCUCAGAAGGAGGCGGCAAGCAGCGUGGGAGAAAAGCCUGAAGAUCAAGACGGGGCCAACAUACCUAAGGAAAAAAGCAGUGUCAAAGCUGAAUCAAAAGACUCCACAGAUGAGCUUUGUGAUCUAAGCCUGGAAGACGACCUGCUGCUCCUGAGAGAGGAAGAGGAAGAGGAUUUUGGUGUCAAGUUGGAAGAUGCUGAAGUGAGAUCAGUUGCAUCCAAUCAAUCAGAGACUGAAUUCUCCUCCCUUCAUGAUGUGCCCAGAGAGUUGGACCCAAGUGCUGUGUUGCCACUGGAUGCCCUUCUUGCCUUCAUUUACUUUGACUUGAAUUUCUGUGGCUACCUACACCAGAGGGACGUGGAAAAGCUUCUCCUCACUUUGGGGCUGCAUCUCUGCAAAGAGCAGGUGAAGCGCCUGGUGAACAGGGUGGUGACGCAGUUCGUGUGCCGCUACCGCAGCCUACACUACAACCGGCAGGAAGGGACUGAGCCAGGCCCUGAUGAGGAGUCAUUAGGGAACCUUGCCUUGCUGCCCUCGUCCUCCCUUCCCAAAGAUCACACCAAGUCAACUCUGGAGACUCCGUCUGGUAAUCUGGUUUCAUACGAUGGGGCUGUCCUUAAUGUGAGCAAACUGCUGGAGAAGGCGGAGCAGAGAGAAAACAGUCGCCUCUAUCUGGAGAACAAAAUCCAUACACUGGAGCUCAAACUAGAAGAGACUCAGACCCGUUUCUCAGCGACAGAGGCCUCCAACAAAGCCUUGACAUCUGAAGUGCAGGAGCUGCAGAAACGCCUUGCUGAGAUGGAGGAGCAGUCAAAAGUGGCCGACAGGCAAAAAUCCCAUUUCCAGAGGCUGCUGCAGGAGAAUAAGAAACGCCUGGUUCCGCUGCAGCUGGAAAUCCAGAAGAUAAUUGAGAAGACCAAUAACUGCUUAGAAAAGAAAGAUCCAACACCCACAGCAGUUUCCAGCAAUUGACGUCCCUCAGAGAAGCAGCUCAGCUGGGAAAUUCUGUGCCCUGGUUUGAUAGUUUGGGGCUAUGGGUCAGCAGUUGUGGGUAAGCCUUUAAAACCUGCAACCCUUUCACUGCCAGUGAGAAGCCGGAGCUGGCUUUCAUCGUGAACCGCUGGGCCCCCAGACUUGGGGAAAGGGCCACCUAGUCUAAACAUAGCUGGGAUCAACAAUUCAUAUGCUGGAGCCACAUUAUUGUUUAAAGGAUACCCAUUAGGUAGGAGUUUUGAUGGUCUAUUGUGUGAGUGGAAAAGCUGCAGUACAGAUGUUUUUCAAGGCUAUUUGCCAGCAGCAAGCAUUAGAAGGAAAAGUCAUCACAUUACUAAGCCUUGAGGCAGGUGGAUAUGGACAGCAGGUGCCACAUUGCUCCGUAGGGCAGAGCAGGGGCAUGGCUAGCCUAUUUGUGCUGCAUGGAGACUUUCUUCCUUCAGGCAUCCCCCUCUUCUCUUCUCUCCCUUCCCCCAGCUCCCGAGCUUUAGCUGAAGGAGGUGACAUUCUGCCUGCCUUUAGACUAAAAAGUCUACAAAGGAAUCAUCAGAACGGCCGGGCAUUUAAGCAUCUGAAUUAAUGUAGUGGUUCUGAGCCAUCCCACCCAUAGUGGAUCAUACAGUUCAGUUGCUGCAGGCUAGUUUGUGGCCAUUGCUGCAAUACAUGCAGGGCAGUUUGUUAUUGUGGCUUGAAUUUAAAUCCUUGCACAUUCCCAAUGCAGUGUGUGAACCCUUCAAGGAAGGGGGUGGGGCUGCCUUUUGACCCUCAAGGCCAGUCCUGGGUCACUCUUUUGCCCUUCUGCUGUGUUUCCAUCAUCCAGCCUAGAAAUGCAAGUGAAAUUCUUGAGCACCUGGUCUAGCUGGGGGUGCGGGAGGAUACACACACACACGUUUUGUGUUAGGCAGCAGAGUGGUUGGCUGGAAUGCAGUUGGGGGGAUCAUCAGGUUUCAGGAGGGCUGCAGUAGGUAGCCAGUUGGGUCCCUUUGGUAGUUUUUAGCACAGUAGUUGAUGGACUUGGACUAAGACAGGUGCUGUGAUGGCGACUGCAGCACCCCCCCUCCCCCCAUGGAAUCCUGCAGUUGGCAUUGAUUGCAUCUGCUUCCCUGUACUCUCAGGUGGUCUGUCACUUCUGGUUGUGUUGCUUUUAGUCUGUAAAUGUGAUAACAACUUGUAUUUAACUGGCCAAGUUCCCUUUUAUAAAAGUCUCUUCCUCA